AUGGGAAACCUUCCUAAAAAUCGUGUCGUGUAUGACAGACCGUUUUUGAACUCCGGGAUUGAUUAUUGCGGCCCUUUCUAUAUCAAGGAAAAGAAGCACAGAAAUCGUAACAAGGAAAAGGUGUAUGUUGCAGUUUUUGUGUGCUUCUCUACCAAAGCUGUACAUUUUGAGAUUGUCAGUGAUUUGACCACUGACGCUUUUUUAGCUGCACUAAAACGAUUUUUCGCUAGAAGAGGUAAAAGUUCAAAUUUAUAUUCUGAUAACGCUACAAAUUUUCAAGGGGCGAAACGUGAAAUUAAAGAUUUAUACGCUUUAUUAAGUUCUCAAUCGCAUAAUGACAAAGUAACAAAUUCUUUAGUUAAUAAAAAUGUAAAUCGGCAUUUUAUACCACCAAGGUCACCUCAUUUUGUCGGUCUAUGGGAAUCCGCGGUAAAAUCUUUGAAAUAUCACCUGACUCGAGUAAUAGGCAAUAAUUUAUUAACAUUUGAAGUAUUGCUCACUUACGUAACGGAAAUAGAAGCUAUCCUUAACUCCCGACCUUUGACUCCUCUUUCACCUGAUCCAAAUGAUUUAAAUACUUUAACUCCUAGCCAUUUCCUGAUUGGUGAUGUUUUAACAAGUAUACCAGAACACGAUAUCAGACAACUGCCAUCGGGACGAUUAUCAUCGUGGCAACAUGUGGAGCAAAUGCGACAACACUUUUGGAAUCGUUGGUACAAGGAGUACUUGCACGAGCAAACCGUGCGCAAAAAAUGGCACACGGGUUCUACGAAGGAUCUAAAGAUUGGUACACUUGUUACAGUUAAAGAGGACAAUAUACCACCAAUGCAUUGGGCCCUCGGUCGAAUCGUAGCCAUUCAUCCUGAUAACGAAGGUGUUAUACGCGUGGUAACUGUUAAAACUGCGCGUGGUGAAUACAAGAGAAGUGUCAAGAAAAUAUCACCUUUACCAAUUGACAUUGAAUAA